CCAGAUAUGAGCGUCGCUAACCAAGCGAUCGAGCUCGUACGCCGACUCAAUGAUCCCAGAUACACGGCCGGCGCCUCACAGAUAUCGCGAGAGCUGCAGGAAAUCCAGUUGUCUGAUCAAGGAUGGGCUGCUGCAGAUGCUAUGCUCGACCAUGCAGAUACCAACAUCAAGUUCUAUGGCGCUCUGACUUUGCAAAUCAAACUCAACAAAGACAGAAGCACACUCAAUGAACAAGCGGCUGCUGAACUGAGGUCACGGCUGAUCCUAUCAUUUAUCCGCCUUGCGCUAGGCGACAUGCCUCCCAAACUCAUCAUUGACAAGCUUUGUUCUACAAUGGCUACAUACUUUGUCCAGACUCCUGUUCCUUGGACUCAGACUGUUCGUCAGAUUAUUUGCUCGCUGCACGCUAGCGAUAUUGUGCCCCUGGACAUGCUGUCCACAUAUCCAGAUACCAGCCAAAUCAUCAGGGAGUUAUCCGGAUUGAGGUUGUUUAUGGCUGUACGCUUCUGCAGAGUGUUGGCCGAAGAUGUACAGAACAGCUCUACCUUGGGCCCACAAUACUAUCAUCUCGACAACAUCUUCAAGAGCAAUACUACUGAUUCGGCCAUACUCAUGACUUACCUGUUCGACACCUCAACGCCUCUCUCCACAGAAAUUCGAGUCGAAGCUAUAAACUGCUUAUCUGCUUGGGUUACCUACAGCUUCGCCCAUUGGACUACUGAUCCCGUUGCUCUACAGCUUCUACAGAGCCUCACACCACUGGCCAUCACGCAUCUGUUGCAUCACGAGGAAAGCGUCAGAGACCCGACCGUAGAGUUCUUCGUCAAUACACUGGAGUAUCGCUCGAAAUUCCUUCAGAAGGCCCACCUGGAAUCUUUAUCUCUGCUAGUACGCAGAACCAUUGGUCCGCAAUGUUUACUACAAAGUCAAAACUUCUUGGACCCAACCAUUGUGGCGUUCAGCAAGUUGAUCACUGCCUAUGGCAAAUUGGUCGUCAAGGACCUGAUCUCGGCAAGAAACCAAGAAUCGUCCCAAGAAAUCGUCGGCCUCUUCCAACAGCUUCUGUGUGCUCCUGGCUAUCCUGCUGAAGAUGAUCAAGUCAUUAUCAAUGUGACAGAGUUCUGGAUUGACUAUGCCGAACAAAUUGCCGACACGAUCAUGGACGCAGCAGAGGACGAGGUUUCUUUCCUCGCAGCUGUGAGAAACGACCUCAUGCAAGCCGUCCAAACAUACAUCCCAAAACUCCAGGCGGCACCUCCAACUGUUAUGUCCGAGUGGGACGAAGACAACAUUGAUCACUGGCAAUUCUUUCGCGAUAACAUCAGCGACUUNUUUGAACAGGUCAGCAACGUUCCAGAGACGCACCUCCUCAGUAAUAUGGUCGUUCUCGCAACCAGUGUCUUGCCUACUCACCAAUGGCUACAUCUCGAAGCCAUAGUCUUCUCAAUCAACUGCAUCUCAGACUCGAUCGCACUGUCAGACGAAAAUAUCCAGGCGCUCUCUGCACUCAUUGGAUCUUCAAUGUUCAACGAUAUUUCGUCCAACAGCGCCGAAGUCCCGAACAAGCUCAAGCGUGCUGCAAUGACGCUCGUUGACCGAUACUCUUCGUUCAUCAAGAAGAAUCCGCAGUUCUUGCCCCCAGUCCUUACCUUCCUCUUCACAAUACUGGGGUCCACACCUGCAGACCGUAUCAAGCUCGCCGACGCUUCUGCAAAAUCUCUUGAACAGCUUUGUUCCUCAUGCCGCAAGUCUUUGACACCACAUCUUGACGAAUUGCUUCAACAAUUUCCGCAAGCACUUUCCGGCCCAUCAGCGAACAGCUAUCAGAAAGAGAAGAUCAUGGCAGCUCUUGCCUCGAUCAUACAAGCCCUACCCACCGAAGAAGCCAAGGCCGCGCCCUUGAUAUCACUCGUUGAGGUAAUCGAGAAUGAUCUCAAUACGGCUAUCGCAACUCUGAACAAGGGCAAUCUUGAGGAUAGCGAAGUGCUAGGAACGUCUGCCUUGCAGUGUUUGGCCAGCAUUGGCAAAGGUAUCCAAGCGCUCACCAAUGAUGUGAUUGACGUGGACAGCGAUGAUGAGGAAGGAAACGACGACUCAGCCGCAACGAGCAACUUCUGGACUUCGCAGGCUGGCGUCGAGAUUCAGAAUCGCAUCGUGCAAUGUAUCAACAUUGUCGAGUAUCUCCACAACCCAGGCGAUGCAAUGGAUGCCGCCUGUGCGAUUCUGCGCGCUGGUCUCAAGGAGACAAAGCCGGGUCCCUUCGUGUUCGCGCCUCAGGCUACUGUCGCCUUCAUCAGCAAGGCACAAAUCAGCACGCCCCGUAUCGAGGCCAUCAUCGGUACAGCGUGCAGUUUUGUCUCUAAUUGUUCGCGCAAGUCGUCACCGCACAUGUUUGACGAAAUGUCAGCGGUGUACCAGAGAGUAGCUCUGGUCAUGCAGCAGCUCGGUGACCCGGCCAACGAUCCCCAACUGGCCCAGCUCUGCAUCGAUUUCCUGCAAAGGCUGCUAGUCAGCUACAUAGACGUUCUCCUCUCGCCCUCGGACGACGAGAUCGCUGCAGCUCUGCAGUUCGUCAUCAACUGCAUGGUAGGCAAUGCGCCCAUGCUGAAGCGCAAUGCCUGCAACUUCUUUGAAACGUUGCUGGGUCUCGCUAACCCACGCACCGCUCACGCCCUCCCUACCUGUCGCGUACCCCCUCUCUCCGUCCUUGGCGCUUUUGCCGCUCCUCUCUCCCGCGCCCUCAUCUUUAACAUUGGUGGGCUGGCCCAGCGCUCAGAGAUCGAGUCGCUGUGCAAACCCCUUCGCGCACUCGUCUUCUCCCAGCCUGGGCUGGCCAAGCAGCACCUCGAGGAAGCACUUCUCGAUGCGGGCUUCCCAUCUAUCAAUGUGGGAGAGAAGGAGAAGCGGGUCUUUGUGGCCAAGGUGCUGGGGUUGAGAGGAGGUAGGCAGACGGUGGUGGUGGUCAAGGAAUUUUGGGCAUUAUGCAAGGGUACAGUGACCUCGUUCGAGUAG